GGAAGUUCCGUUCCGUCGUGAACUGGGACAGCAAGCGACUCUCCGAUCUGCAGUCAGCUGACCUCCGGUUUCUCUGUCCUCUCUGACUUCAGCACCUCUUACAGUGUAUGUGUGGCAACAACAUGUCUGUGCCGCUGCUCGCUGAGGCCGUGACGGUGUCCGGGGGAGAGAAGGAGACCGCAGCGGUGAUCUUCCUUCAUGGUUUGGGAGACACAGGGCAUGGGUGGGCAGACACUUUGACGCAGAUCCAGCUGCCGCACGUCAAGUUCAUCUGCCCCCACGCGCCCCGAAUCCCCGUCACUCUCAACAUGAAGAUGAAUAUGCCCGCGUGGUUUGACCUCAUGGGUCUCAGCCCCGACUCCCCAGAAGACGAAUCUGGAAUCAAGAAGGCAGCAGACAGCAUCAACGCCAUCAUCGAACAUGAGGCUAAAAACGGCAUCCCCCCACACCGUAUAAUACUCGGUGGCUUCUCUCAGGGUGGGGCCUUGUCCUUGUACACCGCCUUGACCUGCCAGCAUCAGUUGGCUGGUGUUGUGGCCCUCAGCUGCUGGCUUCCACUUCACAGGAGUUUCCCAUCGGCGUCAAGCGGCCACAAGAAUAUCCCCAUCUUGCAGUGCCACGGUGAGAUGGACCCAAUGAUCCCGGUGCAAUUUGGUGCCAUGACGGCAGAAAAACUCAAAUCAAUAGUCAACCCUCAGAUGAUCACCUUCAAAACCUACCCAGAUGUCCAACACUCCUCCUGUCCUCAGGAGAUGGAGGCUGUAAAGGAAUUUAUUAAGAAGUAUUUGCCCCGGAUCUGACCUCACCUCAUCCCUACUGUGACCCCCUGAGACACUGACCUCCACCCCCCUGUCCCCCCUCCAAUCUGCCAUUCUCCCACAGGAAACAGCCAUGAGCACCCCCCUUCUUCCACACACAUUGACAAGAUAACAAACACACGCAUGAACACGCACUCACAUUUUCACGGUAAAGAUUGGAUCCACACUUCUAAAACAAACAUCUGCUUCUCAUGCAGUCCAAGCUAAUGACACUCAAACUGAAAACAGAUCUGUCAGACACACUGAUUUGAUAACAUAAUUAAGUGCUAGCACUUACAAGUCUUAGCCUUCGGAGGGAGAAACACUGACUCACACAGAACAUUCCCUUUGGAUUUAUUUAAAACCUGUCGCCUCCAUCCUGAUCCCACUUUUACUCCAUUCUUACCUCAUUUUGCUUUAUCUUUCCCUUUUUUCAGCUGUCACAUCCUCCAUUGCUUCCACUGCCACGCCUCUCCCUCUUGCAUUGCUGUUUCAGUUUGUAAGAAAUACACCAUACCUGAUUCUGUUUGUGACCAUACUGACCGUAUAACUCCACUAGAGUUAGCGUGGUAUGAUCCCACACAGUCUUGCUCAGGUGCAGUGAGCGCUGUUUUUUAAGUGGUUUCAGAACUGGAGCAGCUGGUUUCCCAUCAACACAUCCACCACACUAACCUACCACCCCAUGACAGAACAAUGCAGCCUGUCCUGGUCUUGCAUCGGUAAUCUACAAAGGCUCCUUUUUAAUGAAAUUUCUACAGGAGCCUUUCUUUUCUUUUUUAAUGAUUGUGAUUAAAAUUUGCUGCAUUAUAUGAAUAAAAUCCAAUUGAAAUAAAACGUAUCAAUCGAUAUUUUUGCUACCCUGCGCUUUUUAUUUCAAAAACUUCCACACCUGCAUGUUAGUAUUUUCUUUCUGCUUUGAUUAUGUGAUUCUUUAUGUAAAAGUACCUCAGUUGAUUUCUUUUUUUUUUAAUAAGAUUGUAGGCUUAAAGGUGAAUGACUGAAAGAGAUGCAUGAAAUAAUGCAUCACUCCAGAUGGUUGCAGACCUGCACAGACUGCACACCACAAGUCUUUUCACUGUUCCUCCCACCGAAUUUUCCUCAUUUAAAACAUUUAUCCCAUUAAAGUGCUCCUGUGUCCGCAGCAGCCAGCCCAUAAAUAUCCUCCUCUUCACCAAGUCCCUGUUGAUUUUGAAUGGUUUUGUUUUUUUUUAAACAUGCUUAUGUGUUGAUGUAUUAUUCCAUAUCUUCAUCCACAACACCAAAGCAGUUUAAAACUGAUGGAGAGCAUUUACUUCCACUGUAAGAAUAUAUAGUCACUUCCCAGCUCCCUCCGUUUGGCAACUUAUUAUACUGUAACCCAUUGAUUAAACAUAAAAGGUCAGAUUUAAAGUGAAACCCCACACUAUUAAUGUUCACUUCUUAUUAAAAAAAGGCUAUACACUGGGAGAGCUUUGGCAAGAAGCUGUUCCAACAUAACUGAAGAGUGAUUUUACAAAUAAAAGUUAACCUUGAACAACUUGUGAUCCUUGGACAUAGGAGUGUAACUCUGAGGAGUCGUGUGUGCUUAAAAAAAAAAAAAAAAAAAUCAGGUGUUCUGCAUUUUCCUCUGUGAAUGUUAUUUUUGCUCUCCUCAUUACUUGUUCUUCAUUGCUGUUUUCAAACCUGAUUUAAAAAGUAGUGUAAAAGGAAGAAAGACAUCUGAUUUGAUUGUUGUUCAGUAAAUCAAUGAAUGUCUCUCUUAUCUCCUUGAGUGCUAUUAUAUUUUUUCCUUUUAUAUUUUCUCUAAAUCUCUGAUGCAGCCCUGCGUUCUGUGCUUAACUUGAUUGAGAUUGUUUCUCCUCUUUGACACCUUCACCUUUUUUUUUUUUUAACUAUUCCAACAAUUCCCCCUGUGUGACAACGUCACACUGUCUUGUGUGUUCUCCUGGGUUGUAUGUUGUCAUUGGUUAAACUUUUUACAUGUGUUUUUGUUUAUUGGACUUAUGUUUCAUUGUGUUUUGUCACUGUUGUCAUCUCAUCCUCUUUUGUGUGCGUUUAUAAUGAUGAGCAUUAAUUAAACAUGUUGAGGUGAGACAGGUGGUCUCUCCACUUAUUUUGUUUCCAAAACACCUGUAUGCGGAAUAAAUGACAAAAAAAAGUC